CAACGUCUGAAUGGUUUGCGUGCUGUUGUCAUGUGACCGUGUAGUGUGUCCUGUAAUGAAACUGUUUUAAAUUCACCGCGAGAAACAUGUGUCCGGGUUAAAUGUUUAUAGGGGAGGAUAUGUCGCUUGCCGGGAAGAGUCAUGGUGAUCAUUAAUUCAAUCCUAAAACUGGUGCAGCGACAGACAUACACCUGUCUGUCACACCGCUAUGGUCUGUACCUGUGUUUUGGAGGGCUUGUCCUCAUGAUUGUGUCUGCUUUUCAGUUCGGAGAGGUUUUAGUAGACUGGAGUAGAGAUCAGUACCAUGUUUUGUUUGAUACUUACAGAGAUAAUGUUGCAGGAAAGUCCUUUCAGACCAGGCUUUGCCUGCCGAUGCCCAUUGAUGUGGUGUACACCUGGGUAAACGGAACAGACACAGACCUGCUGAAGGAACUCCGUGCUGUGAGACAACAGUUAGAAGAAGAACAAAACGCCUUGAGGGAACGUCUAGGAAAGAAUGCCUCUGAAAUUACUGAAGCUCCUAAAGGAAGGCCAGAAUGUCUGUUGUCCCACUGCAUCAUGGCUCCAGUGUUAGUGCUCGAUCCAGCUCUUCCAUCCAACAUCACAAUAAAAGAGCUGCCAAUGAUUUCAGCUGCCUUCUCCUCUACAAAGCAACUCUUGCAAGUGGCCAAAACCCUCCACCCUUCCACAAGCGUGUCCGUGCUCAUCUUUCACUCACACAGCGAAGCUGAAAAGGCUCACACAGAUGGUCUGAAGGACAGCCUGACAUACUCCAUCAACAGAGGUUACCUGACAACAGAUAAAGAGGCUCCGGGUCUGGUGCGCAUGCACACGCUGGCCUACUUGAGCGGGUUCCCGGCAUCUUUGAAGGAAACUGAGCAACUCAGGGUAAAACUACCCGCUGUAGUGACCAAUAAAAUCAAACAGUUGCAGCUGUAUUCUGAGGCCAGCAUCGCUCUGCUUCACCUCAACACAGCACAGGAUUUCACAGACCUCAUGCAACAGGCCAAGAAGAACCUCACGCUGGAAGGUAAAGAGCUCACGGUCAGCCCAGCGUACCUGUUCUGGGAUCUGACGGCCAUCUCUCAGUCCAAACAGGAUGAGGACGUGUCUGCCAGUCGCUUUGAAGAUAACGAGGAACUCCGUUAUUCGCUGCGAUCCAUUGAGAAACACGCUCCCUGGGUUCGGCACAUCUUUAUCGUAACCAACGGUCAGAUACCGUCGUGGCUGAAUCUGGAUAAUCCACGUGUAUCUGUGGUUCCUCAUCAGGACGUUUUCCAGAAUCAGUCUCAUCUGCCAACGUUUAGUUCUCCGGCCAUUGAGACUCACAUCCACCGGAUCCCAGGACUCUCGCAAAAGUUUAUCUACCUCAAUGAUGAUGUCAUGUUCGGCAAAGACGUUUGGCCGGAUGACUUUUACAGCCACUCCAAGGGUCAAAAGGUGUAUCUCACCUGGCCUGUUCCAAACUGCGCUGAGGGUUGCCCAGGCUCCUGGAUAAAAGAUGGCUACUGCGACAAGGCCUGCAAUAAUUCGGCUUGUGACUGGGAUGGAGGAGAUUGUCAGGGUGCUGUGGGGAGCAGUCGUUUUGGAGGAGGGGGCGGCUCUGUGAUUGGAGGCGGGCAACCUUGGCAGUUUGCAGGUGGUCUGGGAGGACUGGGGGGCUUGUCCUUUUGUAACCAGGGCUGCGCUAACUCUUGGUUGGCUGAUAAAUUUUGCGACCAGGCGUGCAACGUUCUGGCCUGUGGGUUCGAUGUGGGCGACUGUGGACAAGAUAAUUUCAACCAACUGCACCUUAUCAUCCUCAAGAGGAACCAGACACACUACAUCCUGCCUCAGGGAGAAAUCCGACCGUAUUUUAGCUUCUCAGGGCUGGCGAACCGUGUGUCAGAAGCGCAGGUCAAUGACAACCAUGUGGUCCGUCACACCUCAGUCGCCAACAAAUGGAAGACCAUACACCUGCUUCUACUGGCGGGAUAUAAUGCCACCCAGAUCCACUACAACAUUACCUUCCAAGACACGGACAACCACGAUUUCACCAUUAGUUUUUCUGUCGCCGUGGAUACCCGAGAGCUCCCUAAGUCUAAUGUGUCCAGUCCAGUGGCGGAGAAGGAAGAUCAGCCCAAACCCACUGUGUUGAUCCCAGAACCAGACGUCCAGUUUGAAAUAUUUCUAGAGAACCAAGGUCCAAAAGUUAGAGACAAAGCCCAAGGCGGGAUGGAGAAGGUGCGCGUUCCUGCAUUAAACGAAUCACUUUUACCUGAAGAAGUGAAGCUUGAGUUACAAAACCUAAAUGAGAAGUUGAUGGCAGGUGACAUCACUAUUAAAGGCUAUAAUUUGACCAAAGCUCAGCUGUUGGAGCCCUACAAGGACAAAACUCAGUAUUUGCUUCACAAAGAACUGGAAGAAAUGGAAAACCAGAGCAAACAAACAAACCACUCAAAUGAAGUAAACAACAAAGACCAGAAAGCUCCUUUAUUAAGUAGCGGUAACUCCAAUUCGGACAAAAACGCAAAGAUGCAAGUCACUCCAUCUCUUGUGCCAGUCCUGAAUGAUGAGGUUAUUCCCAAAGCCAAUUCGCCACUGUUUGCCCCAGAGAAACCUCACGUAUCUAAGCUCCUCAGCACGCUGGUGUCACAUGCAUACAUGUUUAAUAACAGAGAUUCCGAAAAUGAAGCUCAACUCCAGGGGCGACCCAUGAGUCGUAAACUCCAGCACUAUAUCAGUGCGGACCGGGGCUUUCUUCCUUGGGAGAGGAGGAAGUUUUUUCAUGAUCUGCUGGAGGAAGUUGAGCGUCUGGAGAAUGAGCUGCGGUAUACAGCUGACAGCACCGCCACUGGACGGAAGUUACAAGAUACGUUUGCCGACUCGCUUCGCUAUGUCAACCGCCUCUUAAAUGCUCAAUUCGGCUUUACAUCUCGUAAAGUUCCCGCCCACAUGCCUCACAUGAUUGACCGGCUCAUCAUGCAGGAGCUGCAGGACACCUUUCCUGAGGAGUUCGAUAAGACCUCCUUGCAUCAUGUGCGGCAUUCAGAGGACAUGCAGUUCGCCUUCUCCUAUUUUUACUUCCUGAUGAGCGCCGUACAGCAGCUCAAUGUGUCUGAAGUUUUCGACGAAAUCGACACGGACCACUCCGGUGUGCUGUCGGACCGGGAGAUCCGCACGUUGGCCACACGCAUUCAUGAACUCCCUUUAAGUCUUCAGGAUUUGACCAGUCUGGAGCAGAUGCUCAUAAAUUGUUCCAAGACACUUCCGUCCAACCUCACGCAACUUCAUGUUGUCAGCCCCACCCAGGAGGCCUAUUAUGACCCCAGCAUGCCACCAGUUACAAAAGGUUUAGUCAUCCAUUGCAAAGCCAUCACAGAGAGGAUACACAAAGCCUUCAGGGACCAGAACAAAUACAAGUUUGAAAUAAUGGGAGAGGAGGAGAUCGCUUUUAAGAUGAUACGCACCAACGUCUCGCAUGUUGUCGGGCAGUUGGAUGACAUCAGGAAGAAUCCUAGGAAGUUUAUCUGCCUGAACGACAACAUUGACCAUAGCCUUAAGGAUGCAAGCACGGUCAAAGCUGUACUGAGAGAUUUCUAUGAAUCGAUGUUCCCGCUGGCCUCCCAGUUUGAACUACCCAAAGAAUACAGGAACCGUUUCCUCCACAUGACAGAACUACAAGAGUGGCGGCUAUACAGGGACAAGCUGAAGUUCUGGACCCACUGUGUGCUAGUGACCUUAGUCAUCUUCACAGUCAUGUCUUUCUUUGCUGAGCAGCUGAUCAUGUUGAAACGGCGGCUUUUCCCCAGACGCAGGGUCAGCAAGGACGUGAACCCUGAACGCGUGUGAUGUUUACAACCUCAAUCCAAUCUCUCUCUUUAAACCCCCUCUUCAUCUGGCAGACCGUGCAUGGCAGGAGACCUCUGACUCCCCACUUCUCAAAAGCUUGUUAACAUCUGACAUAAACCGCAAACAAGCGUGUUGUUUGGAUGUGACAAGACCACGGGUCUUUAAUGAA